UUGAUUUCCUGUUUAUAAGCUCAAUUUGAAUUAAAUUUAGUAAUUUUGAAUGUUUUUCUUUAAUGGGUUAUUAUUAUUAUCAUCAAUUUGUUGAAAUAGUUACUGGGUUGUUAAGUUAAUUCUUCAAAUUUGAGUAAAAAUGCAUAAAAUUUCAACAACAACAAGCCAAUGUCUAAUAUUGAUGCAAAAAUUGGUGAAAAACCCUCCUGUAAAAGCGUUUUUUCUAUUAAAAUCUUCAGUUUUACAUGAAAUGGAGCACACCCAUGAUUCCAUUUAUUUGAUUCUGAAUUUCCUAAUUAGCUACAAUUUUUUGCCCCAAGCCCAGUUUUUUACCCUUCAACUACUUUCUGGUAGAAUUAAAUCAUCUUCACCAUUGAAUGCUGCAUCAAUUGUUCAGAGUUUCACCAAGAAUUACCCAAUUUCACAACCCAUUUGUGUUCGUCUUCAAGAAAUUAUCUUUAAUGCAUAUGUUGAAGCUAAAUUGCCUGAAGAGGCUUUGAAUUCCUUCAUUGAGAUUAUUAAUCACGGUUUGGUACCGAGGUCGAAUUUGUUUAAUUCAUUGUUGAUUCUUCUAUUAGAAAGCAAUAAUCUUGAAAAGGGUUGGUGGGUUUUUAAUGAAUUUAAGGGUAAAGUUGAAUUGGAUGUGUAUAGUUUUGGGAUUAUGAUUAAGGGUUUUUGUCAAGGAAAUGAUUUGGAAAGGGCUUUUAAUGUGUUGGAUGGAUUAGAUGAUGUGGGAAUGUCUCCAAAUGUUGUUAUUUAUACCACUUUGAUUGAUGGGUGUUGUAAAAAUGGUGAUAUUGCAAAAGCAAAGGAUUUGUUUAACAAGAUGGAGGAGUUGGGAUUGGUUGCUAAUCAGCAUACUUACACCGUUUUGAUGAAUGGAUUAUUCAAAAAAGGUUUUAAGAAAGAAGGGUUUCGACUAUAUGAGAAGAUGAAGGCUUGUGGAAUUUUACCUAAUAUUUAUACCUACAAUAGCAUGAUGAAUGAGCAUUGUAAAGACGGAUUGUUGGGUCGAGCCUUCCUUUUGUUUGAUGAAAUGGUUGAGAGAGGUUUGGCGUGCAACAUUGUGACUUACAAUAUAUUGAUCAGUGGACUGUGCAAGGAGAAGAACCCGUGGGAGGCCGAGAAUUUGAUUACAAAGAUGAAAAUCUAUGGCCUGAGUCCAAAUUUGAUCACCUAUAAUACCCUAAUUGAUGGAUUUUGUAACAUUGGGAAGUUAAGCAAGGCUAUGAGUUUAUUUGGACAAAUGAAGUUGGAUGGUCAAAUGCCAACUUUGGUGACGUAUAAUACUCUUAUUUCAGGUUUCUCGAAAUCUGGAAAUUCCAAAAGGGCUACCAAUUUAGUCAGGGAGAUGGAGGAGCGAGGUAUCACCCCAUCUAAAGUGACGUACACAAUUCUAAUCGAUGCAAUUGUUCGUUCUGGUAACAUGGAGAAGGCAUUAGAGAUGUAUUAUUCAAUGGAGAAGCUUGGAAUGGCAGCAGAUGUUUAUACUAUUGGUGCCUUGAUAAAUGGAUGGUGUAGCAAGGAUAGUAUGUUAGAAGCAUCGAAGUUGUUCAAUUCUAUGGAGAUGAUGCAUUUACAUCCAAGUGAUGUGAUUUAUAAUAUGAUGAUUAAUGGUUAUUGCAGAGAGGGGAGUUCUUACAGGGCAUUGCGGUCACUGAGAGACAUGAGGGAGAAGGGGAUGAUUCCAAAUGUUGCUAGCUACUGUUCAACUAUACACGCUCUGUGUAAAGACAGGAAAUUAAAAGAAGCUGAAAUUCUAGUUGAAGAGAUGUUGAGCUUAGGACUGAAACCAUCAAACGCAGUCUACAAUGUGCUAUCAAAAGCAAAAGAAGAUGAUAGAUGAUUAUCCUGUCAUGCCACAUGAAUAGGCCAAAUGGAAAUUAAUUGUUGGAACAAGAUGGAGAUGGAUGACCGAGCUCCUAUCAUAGGGGAGUCAGAAAGAGGUGACAAGGCCUCUAAAUCAGUGUGGAGCUACACAAAUGUUCUCUCAUGAUCGCAAUCUUAAAGCUUGAUUUCGUUGGUUUCUUGGAUCAAAUUGGUCAGAUCAAUGGCUAGUAAUCUUGCCAAUGAAGGUGAAGGCAGCUCCCGAUUCAAAAGGAACCUUGAUGGUUAGAAAUUUCUGAAAAUCCCCAUUGAUCAAGUGUACAAGAAAAGAAUUUUUAGGAUUUUUCCAAGCUAUGCUGUGACCGAUUAUGAAGAAACCAUCACCCUGAAAGCCAAUAACCAGGAUGUAUCCAUUAAUUUAUUAACUAGUGACUUAUUUAAAGGCUUCUUAAAGAAGAAACAUAAGUUUUUGCACUUGGGUCUGGUCCAAAUAGCUAUCAAGCCUCUGCUGAGACAGGAUAGGAGCUCCAGUGGUAGUGUGCCUUAGAGAUGCCAGGCACCUUAACUGGGAGAACUCUUUGUUAGCACUUGUUGAAUCUAAUCUAUCUCAGGGUCCAAUCUAUUUCAACUGUUUCCCUAGCUUUUCAGUUUCCUUGUCCGAUUCUUCUUCAUUGAAAUCCUUACCUUGUAUCUCAUGACGAGUGGAAUACCUUUGGCAGUGACA